GCAAUUUUAACAUACAUGUCAAAGGCAAUCGGAUCCUAAGCUUCAUAGUUGGGUUUUUCAAACCUUCGAAAUCAUGAUGAGUGAGAUCUCCAGAGGAGGCAGGAGAUGGAGGACAAGCUUGAUUUGCAAUCAUCAGCCAUUAACUCCAUCACUGUCUCCUCAUCUUCUUCCCUCGAUUCCACGUCACGGGAUGAUAACGCUCACAUGGCUUCCGAGAGCUCUCCAUCUUCUACCUUCUUGAUGAGACUUGCCAUGAGGGUAUCUAGAGCAAGGUGGUUCCUUUUCUUGAGAAGAGUCUUUCAUUACCAGAACGCCUCAAGAUCCGAUCUUGGCACCAAUCCUUUCAAUUCUAUCACUUGGAUGAUAUCAGAGCUCAUCGCUUUGCUUGUACAGAUCACUGUCAUUACAUCCACACUAGCUUUGUCCAAGAAAGAGAGGCCUGUUUGGCCGAUGAGGCUAUGGAUCACUGGCUACAAUGUCGGAUGUCUGCUCAAUCUUAUGUUAUUAUACGGUCGGUAUCGUCAGCAAGAUACUAGCCAAGGAAAUGCAUUUAGCUUUGGCGAUAUUGAGCAGCAACAGAGAAGCAGAGAAGAGACCACCAGGUGCUCGCAUUUGAUGAACAGAUGCAGGACAUCGCUGGAGCUAUUCUUUGCGAUAUGGUUUGUGAUAGGUAAUGUAUGGGUUUUUGAUUCUCGGUUCGGUUCUUUCCACUAUGCUCCAAUCCUUCAUGUCCUCUGCAUCUCCCUACUCGCUUGGAACGCUUUAUGCUACUCCUUCCCGUUUCUUCUCUUCCUCCUGCUCUGUUGUGUUGUGCCUCUCAUUAGUAGCUUCCUCGGCUACAACAUGAACGUUGGAUCUUCAGAAAAAGGAGCUUCAGAUGACCAACUCUCCAGUCUCCCAAGUUGGAAAUACAAACUCAUUGAUGAAACUUCUGAUUCUGCUCAAGCAAACAAUGAUCCGGAAUGUUGUAUAUGUUUGGCAAAGUACAAAGAUAGAGAAGAAGUGAGAAAGCUUCCAUGUUCGCAUAGGUUUCACCUCAAAUGCGUAGAUCAAUGGCUUCGUAUCAUCUCGUGUUGUCCUCUCUGCAAACAAGAUCUCCCUAACUAAAAAAUCAAAACAAGACACGAGUCAAAAGAUUGAAUCUCUGACGAAGUUCUUUACUUGGCUUGUUUUUUACUUUCUGGUUUUUGCGUUUCUGUUGUCGCCUACACACUGUUACUUGUGUGAGUGUCAUUUUCAUUCCUUUUUUUUGUGUGUGUACAAAGGAGCUCACCAGUAACUGUAACAAUACCUGAAAAAAUGUAAAAUAAUCAAAGUUUUAUUUG